CCCGGGGUCAUAUGCCAUCAAAAAGCCUAAAACAACUAGCAUUCUGAUGCUAUCAUUACUCUUUCUAAGAAGUUGCUUAAAUUUAGAUAAUAGUAAAUGCAGAAAUCUCAGCGUUAUCUGUUAGCUACCCUGCUAGCUAGCGUCAGUUACUAAGCUAACGUUAGCUUACCUCCGCCGUUAGCUUGACCAUUCCUGCUGUUUUGUUGACGCCUAGCUGCAGAGAAGAAUCUGAAGCUGUCAGCCGGUGUUGGGGUGACUGAGUGAAUAUGGCCGACCCUGCACGCAUCAAACCUGAGGCUACACCUGAGAGAACAGCCUCUGCUAACGAGGAGAAUCCUAAAUCAGAGGACACUGAAGAUGCAACGUUACCUGCCACAGCUAAACCUGCAGAUGACAACAAGGAGUCGUCUUCACAAGAUCAGCCCAAACAGGAGGUGAAACCUGGAAUAGCAGCUGGGGACGAUGAGGAAGAGGGAACCCCUGGCCAACCUGCUUCCAAAAGACUGAAGGUGGAACCGGAGAAGAAAAAGGAGAAGCGUCAAAAGGUGGACGAGGAUGAAAUACAAAAGAUGCAAGUUUUGGUGUCGUCCUUUUCUGAAGAGCAGCUGAACCGCUAUGAGAUGUACCGACGUUCUGCCUUCCCUAAGGCUGCUAUUAAGAGGCUGAUCCAGUCCAUAACGGGGUCAUCAGUGUCCCAGAACGUGGUGAUUGCUAUGUCUGGUAUAGCCAAGGUUUUUGCUGGGGAGAUUGUUGAGGAAGCACUGGACGUUUGUGAGAAGUGGGGAGAUACACCACCGCUGCAGCCCAAGCAUAUGAGGGAAGCAGUGAGGAGGCUGAAGAGCAGAGAUCAGAUUCCCAACACAAAGUACAAGAAUAUUCUCUUUCACUGAGGCACCCGUGCUUUAGAUUAAAGGAGGGAACAUGUCUGCGAUACAGAAUGCUGCCAUGGCUUGUCGUGAAGCCUCUGUAGCCAACUUAACGCUGGUUAUUCUCUACUGACUAACCAGAGUCAAAUCAGUGACUGCAAUACUGAAGACAGACAAGAUUAAGAGGGUGUCUUACAUGAACACAACUGUCAGGUAAAUGUUUGAUGCAGCACACAGUUCAAAUGGUGUGAAAUUAUAUUGAUGUAUUAUGGUUGUAAAUACAGUAUGUUUUAUACAAA